GAUAAGGGAAAUAAAGCUCAUCAUCUUGAGUCUUCCACUGGCGACGUCUCUCUCGACGGUCAGCAUCCCCAAAAGAACAAAUAUUUUGAAGAAAAAAAAAAUUCCUCUUUUGGUUUUUUAUUGAGGAACUCCUAAAGUAAAUACCCAAAAUUUCUGCAAAAGUUUCCGUUCGAAAAAUCUCAGAAAACCAUGUGGCGAAACUCCGCCACUGUAAGCUUCUCUUCGAAGCUUCUCUCUUAUUCUUCUUCCUCCGCCAAUCCUAAUUACUUCCAUUACGCAUCUGCUUUCUCCAUCUUUAGUCCAAACGGCGUUGUAGAUCAGACGCUUUCUCCUUCUCAUCAACGCUUUUACUGCUCAUCGGCGGUGCCUUCGCCGUCUCCCUCAUCCGGUUCCGUUAUAAAGCUAGGUUUUCUCGCUAACAAAUCUGACGCCUUUCGUCCUUUGUGUUUGAAAGCUAGAGAUGCGGUCCAGCUUGCUCGUCACUACGGUCGGUGUUACUGGGAGCUCUCCAAGGCUCGUCUCAGUAUGCUGGUGGUGGCGACUUCGGGGACUGGAUAUGUGCUAGGGAGUGGAAACGCCGUUGAUUUGGCUGGUCUUUGUUAUACCUGUGCUGGAACCAUGAUGGUUGCUGCAUCUGCUAAUUCGUUGAAUCAGGUGUUUGAGAUAAAUAAUGAUGCCAAAAUGAAGAGAACAAGGCUAAGACCUCUACCUUCAGGACGCAUUGCAAUACCACAUGCAGUCACUUGGGCAUCUUCUGUUGGAUUUGCUGGCACUGCUCUGUUGGCAUGGAAGGCUAAUAUGUUGGCAGCUGGUCUUGCUGCUUCCAAUCUUGUUUUAUACGCAUUUGUGUAUACACCAUUGAAGCAAAUUCACCCUGUUAAUACAUGGGUUGGAGCAGUUGUUGGUGCUAUUCCUCCUCUUCUAGGAUGGGCUGCAGCAUCUGGUCAGAUUUCUCUCAAUGGAUUAAUUCUUCCAGCAGCUCUCUACCUUUGGCAAAUACCCCAUUUCAUGGCCCUAGCAUACUUGUGCCGGGAUGACUAUGCUGCAGGAGGGUACAGGAUGUUUUCGCUUGCAGAUGCUUCAGGUCGGAGAACAGCUGCUGUUGCUUUCAGGAACUGCCUCUAUCUUAUCCCUUUGGGGUUCAUAGCCUAUGACUGGGGUGUGGCUUCUGGGUGGUUUUGUGUUGAAUCAUCAGUUAUCACCCUUGCAAUAAGUGCUGCAGCAUUUUCAUUUUAUCGUGACCGGACUACUCAAAAAGCAAGAAGGAUGUUUUAUGCCAGCCUUUUGUAUCUUCCUGUAUUUAUGUCUGGCCUCCUAUUUCAUCGUCUCUCAGACAAUCCGCAGUGCCUUGCGGAAAAUCCCAACAGUAUUGUUGAGCUUCCAUCAUUCCCCGAAGCUGUAACUGAAAGUGAAGAAGAUGAUCAGAAGAAGAAAGUGAGGUAUGUCACUGCUGGUCCACAAGGACGCGCACCUGUGGCAUAUGCAUCCAUUGCUCCAUUUCCCUUUCUCCCUGUUCCUUCCUAUGUUGAUCAAUGACAUAUCGAACUGGCAUCUAGUUUUUGUAUACCAAAUCAAAGUUAUUGAAAAGGCACACCUCGAAACCUCUUUGGCUUUGCAUUAAGCCUAUUUCUGUGAAGUUUCUAUUUUAACACAGUUUUGGUUCUUGAUUGUCUUUAUUUUGAAAUCAAUGUAUAAUUGGGAUUGAGCUGUUUAAGCACCAUGAGUGACAUUCAUCUUGCAGCUGCCAUUGGAAUAAAACUGUUAUGCAAUGCAUAGAUCCAUUGCAAAAUUUUCACUAAUCUGUGUUUGGUUUUGAAUUGGACUAGCCAUUUCCUAUUUUGAUCUGUCAACAAUUUUAGCCGCUAGUCUACAAAGCAAUGCAUAAUGGUGGUGGAUACGCAAAUCCUAUAGGUGACAAAAGCUGACCAAGAAGUGGGUAUUUAUCAAAGUCAAGAUUCAACUGUGACUUGGUAAUAUAGUAAAAGCAUCUUACAUCGAAUUUAUAUCCCAAAUUUGAAUUGAUCCCCAGUUUAGAGGGAUGCAACAGUAGGUUAUGAGGAGUUUCGGCUCCAUAACUUGGGGCAUUAAGCUAUGCUACCCUCAUUGUUGCAGGUGGGGCAGGGGCAAGCACCGGAGGGAGAUGUGCUAAAAAUUAACAUGACGGGCUUUUAAUGAUUCGGAUCGGUCAAGGGAGAUCGGUGUCACUGUCAGAGAUCAUAAUGAGUUUGUGGCGGAGGGAAAUGCACGAACAUUAUAGAGCUUGGUGAAUGAGGUUAUUGCGAUUAUCAUUACCUUCAAAUGUUGUAAUUGAAAUUUCUCAAAUAUUAUAGUUGAGGGUGACUCAUGUGAGAUGAUUAUCAAGAUUAAAAGUAACAAUGGGCUAAUUAUUGGAGGAA